AUGUGGCGAUUUUUCGAUUAUAAAAGAUUACUCACAACAGCAGCUUUUUUGACUACCCAAUGUUUAAUUUGCGGCCAUUCCUUGAAGUGCUAUUUUGGGACACUCACGGAGUUAACAAGCAUUGAAACAAAAGAUAAUCAGUGCCUUGUUUAUAUAGAAACCAAUCACUCGUGUCCAGAUACGCCGGUUAAAUUUGGGAGCAUGUAUGCAGUAGGAAACCUCAGUGGCAAGUGUGGUGUGUGGCAAAAGAAGAAUAGUUCUCGACAUCAUUUCGAUAUGGUUUCGUCGUGUUUUUGCAGCACGGACGGCUGCAACACAAAGAUUUUCGCCCAGGAUCGUAUUUCUGCAGUUUUAGCUGACAAAUCUGGAACGCUGUUGGUGCAAACUAAUUUAAAAGGCUUGACAGUGGAGCAUUCGGAUGUUCGGAUGAAGUUACUUCGGUGUUUAAAGGAAACCAUCGAGAGAUCUCCAGUUCAAAACAAUUCUUCUGAUGGAAAAGUCCCUCUAACAAUACCUCGAAAUAUUUCUCUUCCCAACUGGAUUCUUGUCAUCAUUGUUGGCUUAUUGUUACUUACUUGCGUGGCAUCAGUGUGUAUCAUUGUGGGCAGAAGAGGAAAAAAGCUCCAGGACGAUCUCAAGUCCAGCCGUCCGUCUGUUGUUGAAUUAGAAUUCAGCGAGAAGGACGGUGCAUGUAACGAGAAGACACUUAUAGAAAAGCUUAGAAAUCUUGAACAAAAAUCCAGCGAAAGUGGCAAGGAGCAGGGAGAGGAUAAUGAAGGCAAAUAUCACAAACCGUAG